AUGGUUGCGGUCUUCAGCGGUCCUGGGAAUUUCUGGUCUUGGGCAGUCUCAGUCCAGUCCAGUCUCAGUCUUUUUUCAGUCUUGGGACUGGACUUCCAAGCACUAGUCUUGGCAGGUGGUGGUGCAUCAUGGAUGGGGAGUAUGGGUAAGAAGUUGGGGGAGUUGAGGGAUAGUCCAACCUUCACCAAAAGUCAAAAACGAGCAUCCAUGCUACUAUCAGACGUCUCACAGACCAUCAUUUCUGCAUGGAACACACCCACCACCCCGAUCGGGUCAGCCCCACCAAUCUCACGUACACAGAGCAUGCCUCUACCUACCUUGCCUCUAUCCCCUUCCCUUCUUGACAACAAUAAUGAUGAUACUAUACACAUUGCAAGUGUUAUGACCCCUGAUUCCAAGAAACCGCACACAAUGACCUUGAUGCCCUCCCAGCUGGAUGGGGGCAUGAAACCUUCAAACAAACUGACAAUGACAAUGACGUCCUCCAAUGGCAGGACUCAAGAUGAAGAUGAGGAAUGGAAUUGGUAG